AUGGAAAGUGAUAGAGACUUCAAACUCAUGGAGUUGAAGGGGUUUACUGGUGAAGGAGAUGUUGAAGAUCUCCAAGAAUGGAUUUGCCAAUUUGAAAAGCUUAUGGACUAUAAAAGGUUCGAUGAACAUAAGGCUUUCAAAGUAGCACACUUGAAGAUUACUAGAUAUGCUAGUAUUUGGUUCGAAAGUUUGAGGAACAAAAGAAUCAGGGAUGGUGAUCCUAGGAUUGAUACUUGGGACGAAUUGAAGAGACAACUCAAGAAGAGAUUCAUCCCACGUGAAUAUCUUCAAGAACAAUUCUUAAAGCUCAACCAAAUUCAACAAAACUCCAAGAGUGUGGCUGAGUAUACCAAGGAGUUUGAGAGGUUGUGUAUAUUGUGUGAGUUGGACAAGAAAGAAGAGAUGAAGAUUGGACGGUUCAUCACUGGACUAAGGCCUUCCAUAGCCAACAAGGUAGAAACAUCUAACUACAUUUUCUUAGAUGAUAUACUUAGGUUGGCCGAGAGGACCUUAGUUAACUUCCUUGCUCAACAAAAGGAAGAGGAGGAACGUGCCUACCUUGAAGAAGAGGAGGAAAGUAAAGAAGGGGAGUCUGACUUUAAGGACGAUGAGAAGUGGGAUGAUCAAAAGCUCCAAGAGGGUACUCCGGACAAGGAUACCUUAAUUUUGAGGAGACUACUAAGGGUAGAGUCCCAACCAUUGAGGGAAGAAGAAGAGCAAAGGGAGAAUUUAUUUUAUACAAGGGCCUUUGUGAAGAAUAGAGCGUGCAAUCUUAUCAUUGACAGUGGGUUGUGUGUAAAUGUAGCUUCUUCUAAAAUGGUGAACAUCCUCAAAUUACCCACUAGAGAUCAUGCUAAGCCUUAUGCUUUGAAUUGGCUUAAUGAUCAUGAGCCAAUUAAGGUAAAGAAACAAGCACUUGUAGCUUUUUCUAUUGGAGACUACAAGGAUGAGUUGUGGUGCGAUGUUAUUCCCAUGGAUGUUUGUUCUAUCUUGUUGGGAAGACCAUGGCAAUGGGCUAGGAAUGUUAGACAUGCUGGAAAACGCAACAUAUAUUCAGUUAUGGUUGGAAAGAAACGAUAUAGGUUGAAACCACUUCCUCCUAAAGUGGCGCCAACUAAGGAUAUAAGCAAGCCAAAUGUCUUCUUAACAGGAGAUGAGUUUGAGAGGGAGAUUAAUGGUGGUGGCGUAGGGUAUGUUUUGUACCUAAGGGAGGCAACAACACCCAAGGAUCCUCCACAAGAUCCCACCUUAACUAUCCUUGUCAAGGAGUAUGAAGAUGUGUUUCCGGAUGACCUUCCACCGGGGCUUCUACCUAUUAGGGGCAUUGAGCAUGCCAUUGAUUCGGUUCCAGGAACCACUCUCCUAAAUAAGGCUGCAUAUAGAUGCAAUCCUGAAGAAUCUAAGAAGCUACAAAGGCAAGUACAAGAGCUAAUUGAUCGAGGGUAUGUUCGUGAAAGUAAAAGCCCUUGUGCUGUCCCAGCUUUGUUAGUGCCUAAAAAGGAUGGUACUUGGCGUAUGUGUGUGGAUAGUAGAGCUGUAAAUAACAUUAUUAUCAAGUAUAGGUUCACUAUGCCUAGACUAGAUGACAUGUUGGACGAGUUACAUGGCGCUAAAAUCUUCUCCAAGAUUGAUUUGAGGAGUGAAUACCACCAAAUGAGGGUGCGAGAAGGGGAUGAGUGGAAGACUGCUUUUAAAACCAAGCAAGGGUUAUAUGAGUGGAUGGUUAUGCCCUUUGGGUUAUGCAAUGCACCAAGUUCUUUCAUGAGAUUAAUGAACGAGGUAUUACGUCCCUUUAUUAACUCAUUUGUUGUUGAUUAUUUAGAUGACAUCUUGAUUUAUAGUCGAACAAAGGAGUUGCACUUUGAGCAUUUAGAACAAGUCUUUGAAGCUCUGCGUGCGCAACAACUAUAUGGCAAGAUGGAAAAGUGUACAUUCAUGGUUCCUAGUCUUGUCUUCUUGGGGUAUAUUGUCUCAAGUGAAGGGGUACGAGUUGAUCCUUCUAAGGUAGAAGCCAUUUCUUCUUGGCCUGAACCAAAGAAUGCACAUGAUGUGAGAAGUUUUCAUGGGUUGGUAAGCUUUUAUAGGCGUUUUAUUCGCAAUUUUAGCACCAUGGCAGCCCCUCUUACGGAACUUACAAAGAAGGGUGAGUUUGUUUGGACUCACAAUGCAAAGAGGGUCUUUGAAGAAUUGAAAGCUAGCCUAUGUAAUGCACUAGUUCUUGCUUUACCAUGA